AUGGACAGACUCAAGGGCGUGGCAAAAGGAGGAUGGCAUCCGGGCGGCGAUGCAGGCAUUCACCGCGACACAUGGAAAUCGGACUUGAAGGGCAUGGCCACAGGCAAGACGGCUGACAAGAAACACCUCGAAACCGCGCGCAACCACACCAGUGUUCCGCUCAACGCGCUGAAAGAUCCUGAAAGCUUUGGUCCGCCGCCGAAGCGUGGCGACGCCGCUGGCACCUCUGCUUCGUCGUCCUCCUCCGUCGCUCCGUCCUCACCCUCCCGCCCGCAGCCUCGCGCAGGUGGGUUGGGCGCCCCCGUACCCCCGCCGAGAAAACGAGUAGAGGAAGAAGAGGAGGAAGAGCCACAAGCGCCACCACUUCCAUACCGGACGGACAACACAGGCCUGAGAACAGACCACUUGCCCGCACCACCUACCAGAAGAACACCUGCAGAGGUCCCUGCUCCUCCACCCCGAAACUCAUCGCCUGCUUUACCCAGUCGCCCGCAACAGCAACGUCCUGCUGCUCCUUCGCCCAUGUUACCCCCGAGGAUGAACGAAUACCCUGAUGAGCACACUCCGCCUCCUCCACCUUCAUACCACGAAGCUGCGGCCACAGCAGUACAACAACACGCCCCAGUUCUCAACCAAGGCGCUGUGAACCGCUUGGGUCAAGCAGGCGUGUCCGUCUCUGGAUUCGGCAUCGGCAAGAACAGCGGCGGCGAGGCUUCCCAAUCGCCAGCCAGCACAGCACUGGGUCACGCCGGCCAACUCUCCGAGCUGCAACAAAGAUUCUCCCGAAACACCGGCGCAAACAACGCAGCAUCCUCGUCACCCGCUGCGCCCGGUGGCAUCUCUGCUGCCUCAGCUUCCGAGCUAGGACAAAGGUUCGCGAGGCUAAACACCGGCUCCAACAAUACCGCGUCCCCAACAUCCGGCACCCCCUCUCUUUCAGCAUCGCAUGCAACCUCCGCUUUGAACGCCGCAGCGGCCAUCGCAGCACAUAAGAAACCACCACCUCCCCCACCGCCGAAGAAGGCGGGUCUCACAGACGGAAGUGGUGCUGGUUCGGCGGCCCCGCCGUUGCCGAUGUCAAGUAAGCCUAGAGGGACUUGA